CACAAAACUGCCAAUUAAACUGACUUUUAAGAAAAAUAUAGAGAAAAGGGUUUAAACUGGUUCAUUAAAACCCCAGAUUAAUCAGGAUUAAUCUGCCUCAAAACGUGUUCGGCUUGAUGAAGUCAAAGUGACGGAUCCCAGUUUCUCCCGGCCGGACCUGAACAGGGAGGGGGAUCAGGGCAGCCGGGAGGAAUCCCAGCCUACAUCAGCUGCUCUCAUGAUCGCUGGAAUAUUUUUAUUUCACAGCCACAGGCCGAUGUUUGAGGAGGGGGAUCACUUUUCCUGUCAUCGCCUCAGUUUGAUUUAGAUGUCCGUGGAAUGGCGCAGCGCAUCGCUCUGUGCGCCCAGCGGGCUUUGUGCACGCAGCAGAGAAUAGAAAAUCGCCUUUUUUGUGACGUUUUGAACAGAAAAGAGAAGAUCUAAAUCAAUUAUCAGCAUUUUAUCCUUUUUGUGACGAGUGUUCUACCUGGCGGCGCUGUGGAUGUGAUGAGCCAAAAAUGUUUCUGCAGUUUUCCUGGCAGCGCGCCUGUGGCUCGGGUUGUUUGUCUGCUCCAGACUCCAGGGCGCACCGAUCCUCCGUGAACACAGAACAAAUGACUUCUGGGAAUAAAACGUCUUAAAAAAACAAAACGAACUUCCUACUGCUAUCUGAUCAGAAAGAAGAGGGAAAACGACGAAGCGGUCUAAGCUGCGCGCUACGUGGCACAACAAAACGCAGCGAUGCGGUGUCGGAUCUGCGUCCUGAUUUCGCUGCUGCUGCUGGUGGUUCUGGUGCCAGCCUGGCUGGCAGAGACGGCACGGGUUCGGAAGAAAACCACCAGAACCCGGCCUUGUCUGGACCUGCCGGAGGAGGUUUUGGAGCAGAUGUUCGGGCGGCUCUCGGUGGGAGUGAUGAGCGCCUUCCACCACGCUCUGCAGCUGGAGCCCCGGGACAAACUCAACCUCACCUGCCCGACCGCGACACCGAGCCCGGCCGACACCAAGACCCGCCUCCCGGUCAACCUGCGGAGCAUCUCCCCCUGGGCCUACAGGAUCUCGUACGACCCGAACAGAUACCCCCGCUACAUCCCGGAGGCCUACUGCCUGUGUAAGGGCUGCCUGGUCGGGCCGUACGGAGGGCAGAGCCAGCAGUACCGCAGCGCCCCAGUCUUCGCUCCCUCCGUCAUCCUGCGGAGAACGGGCUCCUGUGCUGGCGGACGCCACUCCUACACCGAGAUCUACGUCUCCGUGGCCGUGGGGUGCACCUGCGUGCCGCUGAUGGAGAAGGAGCGAGACGGCCAGAGCAGCAACAAGAGCGUGGAGGGAGGAAAGCCCAAAACCAGACAGAUGUUCUCUACUGGGAAGAAGUCAUAAAGGAGACAGGGGGGGGGGGGGGAUAUGACCUUUGACACAUAAGUGGUUGAAACAGAUUUUAAUUUGGAGUAAUAAGAGUAAAGAGGCUGAAAACAUAUCCCAUUAAAAAGAUUUUAAAAAAUACAUAUAUUUAUCAUUUUCUUUUUGCUAGAGCUCUGUCUGAGUUUUGUUUUGCAUGUCCCAAUUUCGCAAAAAUCCACCGAUCUAUCAAUUAUCUUCUCCUUAACCUGGGUCUCCAGGUCUCCAGGUUUUUUUAACAUGAUUUUCCGCGACCGAUGCUGCCAUCUACUGGUCGGGAAAGUAGCUACAGUUCAGCUGCCGAGUUUUAUUUAACCGGAAAAAACACACCAAGGUUUUAUUAAAACGUCCUAGCAUUACCAGAGAAUAUUGCCUCCUUCAGUUUGUUGUCUUUCUGCCCCUUAAACCAAAAUUUAAGAGGCUUAAUUUAAUAACUCGUGUCCACGACUUAAUGACUAGCGGGAACGACUUGUUCCAAUUUGUGGUCACGACUUAAUUACAAGUCGUGACCACAGGUUUUUUUCUCUCUCCCGUGUCUCCCAUUUGUACUGUUCCCUCCUCUACUCUGAUACUACUAAUAUAAAAACCUCUGGAGACCAAGAUGCGACGGGCCCCUGCUUUUGAAACAUUAUCCUGGUUAACCGUCUUCCACUUUUUAUCGCGGCAAUGUUUUUAUAAAGCUCAGUCGUCAUUUUAUUAGAGAAGCGAUUCGAUUUGAUUCCGAUUUUCAGGGUCACGGUUUGAUUAAGAGACAAUUUUCGAUUAAGAAACCAAUUUCUAUUUUACAGUCUAGAGAUUCUGUUUGAAUUAUGAGGCCGACAAGAGGGUAAAAAAAAUGUAAACAAUUUAAACUUUAAAACAAUUGUAUAUGCUAAAAAUAGGCUUGUGCAUAAUAUUGUGUAACUUAAAUUACUAUUACUAAAUUAGCUUAGCCGUCUUGCUUUUUCCUAAAUAAUAAAAAAAGGAAUUAUUAAAAUAUAAUUUUACAAAAAACAAUCAUACUAAAAUCGUUUGUGAGCAUUUUGAACAGAAUCACUUUCUUCCUUCACCCCACAUUUGUUUAGAGCAGUUCAUUCCUCAACUCAAAACACACAGAAACAUCCAGUUAUGUUUUAAAUUCGUAUUUACUCACACAAAACCUAUUGGUAUCAAUGCUGAAUUAGUGCAUAAUGGGGAAAAAAAAAAUUAUUUCAACUGAACUAUUGUUUUUGUACUAUCAGAUAUAAAGUGUUGACUACUGGAAAUAUUUAUUUCUGAUAUUUGUGAGACAACUCAAAUGAAAAGCUACUAGAGCUCGGGCUCGGUCACGUGAUUCAGGCAUGAGUUGCAACUUUUCAGCAACCGGUUUAAUGGAGAAAAGAAAUGUGUUGAAUGUGCAAAUUUCUGAUUUCCCUUUUUGAGGUAGAUCCACAGAGACACGAGAGCAGGAAAAGGCUCACUCGCUUUGAUGUAAUGAAUGAAAAAUGCAUAAUAAAAGUUGAAAACA